AAAAAGAAAAAAGAAAAGAAAGGAAGAGGGAGGACUGUCUUUUAAAGAAGCGAUGAAAGUUGUACCCAACAAUGAAGGCUAGAGGGAGUUUAGAAAUUUUCUUUCGAGGGGCACCUGGGUGGCUCAGUCAGUUGGGGGUCAGGUCAUGAUCUCACAGUUCCUGGGAUCGAGCCCUGCGUGGGGCUCUGCACUGGUGACACGGAACCUGCUUGGGAUUCUCUCUCUGCCCCUCCCCUGUUCGCGUGUGCGUUUUCUCUCUCUCUCAAAAUAAAUAAACUUAAAAAAAAAUUUAAAGGAAAGAAAUUUCCUUUGGGACUUCAGGACUUUAAGAGGGAAAAAUGUUUACAUUGAAAAUAAACAUUUUGUUUCCGUAAUGUUGAAAAAAUAAUAGCUUUUUUGGGAAUUAAUUCAUACACCAUGCAAUUUCCUUGAAUUUUUAAGACCCAAGGAGCCUCUGGAGAAUUUCAGGCCAGAGAUGUGCCACUAUCAGCUCAGUUACGGACGCUUCCCUCACCAGUGUCCUUAGCGGGGGGAGGGCGUAACAGUCUCUCCUUGUGGGGAUUUGACCAGCGUCAUUCUCCAGGGGAGUGGGUAAUGAGGGUGGCCGGGGAGGGGCCUCGGGGGGCAUGUGCUGGCCGGGCCAGGACCACGUGUGCCGGAAUGUGGGCCCGGGGAGCCACAUGCUAUAAGCCGAGGGAGAGUCGGCAGAUCUUGGGGGUGGGAGGAGCGGAGUCUCACAAGUGCAGACCUGGCAGUUUGGGGCUUCGCCUGAUGUUUGCUUGGAUCCCAGAGCACCCCUGGCAACAGAGACGGCCUUGCCCCUGAGCCUCGGGCACAGGAAGCCCGUCCUGGCGUGGCUUGUGGUCCAGCCCCUGGCGGCUGCCCCUGCAAAGGUCGAUGGUGGCACCUCAGGGGAGCCAGGACCAGGGGGCUCAGGUUGUGUCUGCUGCAACCAUAGGGGCAUGGUCAUUGCCCCUAGACGGGGUCCCUGACCUUGGUGCUGCACCACUUACCCUCUGCACCCUCUGCUCCGUCGUGUGACUCCUACCUGGCCAGCCUUCCAAUUUUUAUGACUUUCCGAUGACUCCCUCCUCACUGUCUGCUGAGGGCCAGACUCUCCAGGGCCGGGGACCCCUCCCCACUGGCUGAUCAGCACCUUUGCUCCAGCUACCCAGAAUGCCUGAGGGAAUAGGGCCUGAGAAGUGGCCAUGGCAUGAGUCACGGCAGGUGGUAGCCACUCACCUGUGACCCUUUCCCCAAAGUGCUGCCAGAUUUCCCUUUCCCAGAAGGAACCAGGCUUUUGGGCUCCCCGGUGGCCGCAGCGGGACAAAUCGCCACGGCCGCCCCGUCCUGCCCAGCGAGGCUCCUGCCUCCGGGGACACCGGCUUAGAAGCAGUGAAAGGGCAUCGUAUCGCAGGUCGCGAUGGCCUGAUGACGCGUGCUGGCCACGCAGCCCGGAAUCUGCGGGCGCUCAUUGCACGGAUUCCCGAGGAUUCCUGUUUUCUUGUAACCAAAGGAGGGGCGUCUCUUCCGGGGCCUGGAGCCUGAACGCACAUCUUCCUUACAGGCUUCACCAGGGUGUUUGUUUCCUCCAACAAGGAGCCCCCAGUGUUUAGAGCAGUGGCUUUUGUUUGGGGAAGCCAGAGGGCGUUCCCCAGGAAAAAAGAGCUGAGCUCACUGCCAUUGAAGGGCAAAUAAGGGCCUGAUAAGGGCGUCUUUAUUAAAACCCUAGCUGGGCAGAUGGGAGGAAACAGAGAACCCAACUGGGGAGAGACGCGGGGCUGCAAAAUGUAGUCAGUCUUCAAAGACACGUGUCGGAAAAAAUGGAGACAGUUGCCUUUUGAUUUUCCACUGUGAGGCAACAGCUGGAAUUUCUGACCUUCUGGAUGAUUCUUUGUCCUGGCCUGGUGGAGCCGCCUGAGGAAUUCAGAGAGCUCCCAGUGGGGGAGGGCCUCCCCCCACCCCACCCCGUGUCCCCGAGGGGGGGGGGGGCGGUGGACCCUGGGUCCCCGCUGCCGGGGCCUCUGUGUAUCUUCCAAGUUGUCCAAGUGACAGCAGCAACAUAUGGUUGGGGACAUCUCUGUCCCUGCCACGGCGUCUCCCAGGCCUCGACCUGCAAGUCUGCUGCUGGAUGGUGGUGAGGACCUUCAUUUCUGUUUUCUCUGGGCAUGUCCUCGCAUAAAGGGGUGCCUCGCUUCCCUGCUGGAGCCUCGCUCCCCUGUUCCCUGCCCCACAGGUGGGUUCUGGCAAGUGGGGGGGCCCAUCCGCAUGGCAGGGGCGGGGGGUGCAGGGGCCAGACGCCACAGCAGCCCGGUCCUGUAACCCAAAUCUGGAAACGGGAUUCCCGACAAUCUCAAACGAAGUCUCAUUGCGAAAGUGCACUCUGAGCCGACACUCAGGACUUUCCUUAACGUCGCAUAGCAUCACUGGUAGAGAGAGACACAGAAGUCUCCAGGGCAGCCCUGGGCUUCAGGAUUUAGGUACAGACCUUGUCCCUGCCUCUCUCUAGUGCCCCACCCGCCUGUCCCUGCAGCUGGGGGAGGCCCGGGUCCUGGGGCAGACUUGCUGUCCGCAGCCAGCCCUCCGGUCCCUCUCCCUCUGCGGCUGGCCCUGGGUCCCCCCCUUGCUCUGAUGCAUCCUGAGGGGAGCAGACAUCUACUGUCUCCCUCGCUUCCCUGCUCCCCCUGUCCUGGAUCCCUUUGCCUUCCCCACCCCACCUCCCUCCUGCAUCACUUCUCAAGGUGCUCAGGAAGCUGGGCUUUCCAGGCAGUAGAGAGUUGAAGACCAGGCCCAGAUCAUUUUGACAUUAAUGUGAUAAUACUGGUGUUUCCCACGCCAGCCAAAACCAGUGUCUAUAAAACGCAGACCUGGGGCAUCUGGGAGGUUCAGUCCGUUAAGCGUUUGACUUCAGCUCAUGAGUUCGAGCCCUGCAUCAGGCUCUGUGCUGAUAGCUCGGAGCCUGGAGCCUGCUUCGGAUUCUGUGUCCCAAUCUCAUUGCCCACCCCCCACUCAUGCUCCGUCUCUCUCCGUCUCUCAAAAGUAAAUAAUAAACACUUUAAAAGUAUUUAAAAAAAAUAAUAAAAACACAGGCAUGAAAAUCAAGUCAAAGUAUUUGCAUCAGAGAAGAAUUUACCCUAAUAAGAGUAUCUCAGAAGUCCCUUCAAAACCUGACGUGAGAGUGGCAGUGGUGACCGUGGACAAGAGGGGCAAUAGUGGAGGCUCCUGCAAAGGUGUGGCCCGCGGGCUGUGGCCGGCUUUUGGAUGUGGGGACGAGAAGGGACCAUUGAAACUGAGUGAUGCUUUUUGCCCGGCAGACGGCAAGGAUGAUGAUGACCUUGCAGGCACAGGUGUGUGUGUGGGAGGGGAGAUGUGGAAACAGGCUGGUGUGAGUUUGAGUACGUGGGGGGAGGGUGGCAGCCGUGGACACACGCGGCAGGUGAUGGGGGCCCUGGGCAGGAGAAGAGGUGGGUGCCCCAGCCUGAGGCCCAGGCUGCAUUUGGGAAGGAGGCAGAAUCUGAGGCCGGGGCACUGUCCGCUAUAAGGAGAGAGUGCGGGUGGGGGACCAGAACAGUGAUGCUGGGGAGACCACCCUUAAUGGGGCGAUGGUGCAGCUGACCUCACCAAAGGGAACGCUGGGUGGGUGCCUGAGCCUGGGAGCGGUUCGGUGACACUUUAAAUAUAAACACCUCAAAUAAGUCGUAGGAGGUGUGGGAAUCCUAAAACCACUGCAGUGUCUAUGUAUUUUUGGAGUUGUGUGUGAUGAGUGAAAUAUUUAGGCAAGUUAACUGUUUUCAGAUAGGUAAAAUUAGUUUGCCUGGCGAAACUUAGGGUUUAUUUUUAGAAUCUUGACUUUAAAUGCCAAAUAAGCCCGGUCACUAUAAAUAUGCUAGGAAAGGGCCCCCCGGGCACUUGGGAGGCGAGAGCUGCCUGCAGGGCGGGGGGACAGUUUCCCUUCCCACCCGCGGAAGCUCCUUGCGGAAGGAGGAAGACGAAGGGUCGCGCCCCUCCUCCACCUGGGAAGCCGGCCACCCCGAACGCGCACGGUGGACAGACACUUCGCCGAGCCGUGUCGCCCGGCCCUCCACAGAGCCUGCUGCACAUGGAGAGCCUGGAGAACAGCUCGGUGGCCGUCACCGUGGUUCUGCCCAGCGGGCUGGAGAAGAAGAGCGUGGUCAGCGGCAGCCAUGCAAUGAUGGACCUGCUGGUUGAACUUUGCCUUCAGAACCACCUGAAUCCAUCCCAUCAUGCCCUGGAGAUCCGGUCUUCAGAAACCCAACAGCCUUUGAGUUUUAAGCCAAACACUUUAGUUGGGACCCUGAAUGUGCACACUGUGUUUCUCAAAGAGAAAGUUCCCGAAGAGAAGGUUAAGCCUGGCCCACCUAAAGCACCUGAGAAAUCCGUGCGCUUGGUAGUGAAUUACCUGCGAACGCAAAAGGCCGUGGUGCGUGUGAGCCCCGAGGUGCCGCUCCAGAACAUUCUCCCGGUCAUCUGUGCAAAGUGUGAGGUCAGCCCAGAGCACGUGGUCCUCCUCAGGGACAACAUCGCCGGGGAGGAGCUGGAGCUGUCCAAGUCCCUCAACGAGCUGGGGAUCAAGGAACUCUAUGCGUGGGACAAUAAACGAGUUCUCCUGACCAAAACUCAGUCGGAGCCUUCCCUGAGCUGUCAAGAAACCUUUAGAAAAUCAUCGCUUGGCAACGAUGAGACAGAUAAAGAGAAGAAAAAAUUUCUGGGAUUUUUCAAAGUUAAUAAAAGAAGCAGUAGUAAGGCGGAGCAGAUCGGGCGGUGCGGGCUGGACGGCGAUGGGGACCCGUCACGGUCGGCUUUGGGAAGGGGCUCGAAUGGCUGCCUGACCACGCCCAACUCUCCGGCGGUGAAUCCGCGUUCCAUGACGUUGGGUCCAUCCCUGUCGCUUGGCAACAUCUCAGGGGUGUCUGUGAAGUCGGACAUGAAGAAGCGUCGGGCCCCUCCGCCCCCGACGCUGCCUGGACUGGGGCCACCAGUGCAGGACAAGGCCUCGGAGAAGGUAUCUCUGGGGUCACAGAUUGACUUGCAGAAGAAGAAGAGGCGGGCGCCCGCGCCCCCUCCGCUGCAGCCCCCGCCGCCAAGCCCCCUGGUGCCCCCUCGCACUCAGGACCAGGAGGAGAACAGGAAGAGCGCCACGGGUGUUGGACGACGGCAGGUGCCACAAAAGCCUCCCAGAGGCACUGCUCGGGGGCCCCCCCAGUUAGUGCUCCCCCCACCCCCGCCCUACCCUCCUCCUGACACAGACGUGGCAGAGCCUCUCGGCUUUCCUGGGGAAAGUGCUGGUUCCGAGGCCCCCGACCCGAGACCCACACUGAGCCUGCCCCUGGGGCCCGGCAGUCCCCGUGGCACGGACGGGGCCCCACCGGUGCCAUCUGAGGCCGAGGAGACCGUGUCUGUCGGCAGCUGUUUUGCCUCCGAGGACACAACCGAAGACUCAGGAGUGGUGAGCUCCCCGUCAGACAUCGUGUCCCUGGAUUCCCAGCACGACAGCGUGAAAUCCAAAGAUAAGUGGGCCACGGACCAGGAAGACGGCAGCGACCAGGACCUGGCUGGGACCCCGGAACUGGGUCCCCGGAAGAGCCCCACGCGGGAGAGGAACAGCUCUGGGCGACGGCACUCGAGACCUGAGGAAGCUGCCACAGCCUGCAGAGGGGACGAAGACCUCUUUAUCACUGGGCAGUUCCAGAAAACCCUGGAGGAACUUGACGGGGACCUGGAAGAACUGGAAGACGGCUAUGAAGCUGGCACAGGCUCGGUGAACAGCGUGUCUGGACACCGCGUGUCCGAUGCCACGGUCCCCAACAGCGAUGAGGACGCGAUCCCAGUAACGUUCAUAGGGGAGGUCCUAGACGAUCCUGUGGAUUCGGGGUUGUUUUCCAACAGAAACAACAAUGCUGGUUCUUUUGACCCGGGGAGCGUGGCCGGCCGGGGAGGCCACCUGUUGCAAAGUCAGGCGGAGAACAGCCAGCAGCGGGAGACGAGAGCAGACAUGCCCGACUCGGCAGCUCCUCCCCACGGCCUUGGGAAGGAAGUCAAACCCGCCUCGUCCGACCCCUGUGCAGAUGGGGGUCUGAACAAAAUGGAGCCCAAGGCGACUUCUGCAGACUUUCCCACGCACAACCCAAAUGCAGAGGACGGCGGUGAGGGGCCCAGCUCUGCCCUCAGUGGGCAGACACAGGCCAGCAAGAGCGCGAGUUCAUCAGAGCCAGCGAGGGCAAAGGAAGGCGAGGAUAAGCACGGUGGCUCAGCACCGCCAUCGUGGUAUCGACGGGGCCAAAACCCAGGGUGCAGUUACGGACUGAAAUACGGCCUCACGACGUACAAAAUCGUCCCUCCGAAAUCGGAGAUGAGAUGUUACGACAGAGGAGUAUCGCUGUCAACAGGGGCCAUUAAGAUUGACGAGCUAGGGAAUCUGGUGAGUCCCCACGCGAACGGGGGCAGGACCGUAGCCCCGUCGUUGCCCGCUCUCGACGCGGAAACCCAACCCAUUGGAAGGAUCAAGGAAUUCUGGAGGUCCGGCUCUCUGGAGAAGCACUCUGGCCAGCCCCCCGAGUGCUCAACCAACAGGACCCCCGCUCCCACCACACCAGCGAGGCCACAGCAGCAGGAAAGUGGACUCAAGGCAGAGCCCACUGUCCCGGACCCCAAAGCGACAUCGCCCCCGCAGCAGUCUGCCCACCGAGAAGCAGGGCGACACGUGGAGGAGGGGAGAGACUGGCCACCCGUGGCGGCCACUCGUCACGUGAAAGUGCCAGCAGCCAAUGCCUCAGAGGUCCUGUUCCUCAAGCCCCAGAGAAGAACGUCCAGUCAGUACGUGGCCUCUGCCAUUGCCAAGCGGAUGGGGCCCCAGAAAGCCCAGGCCGAGGAGACCCGUGAAGGCAGAGCUCCAGAGCUGGCCGGACGGCCUCCCGCUAGGAGAGAGGGCUCAGCCCCCAGCCCGCUCCCAGAGACCCGCAUCCGUGCCGACUGGGAGGCGUCGGCGGUAGGAGCCCAGCCCAGGGGGCUGGUCAGCAGCCCUGAUGGAAAGUCGUCUGCUCAAGACGGCCCGGCCGCCAUCCGCAGAAGUCCUUGUGUCCCGCCUGUCACGGCCGCCCAGAGGGGUCACGUGUCUAUGGGACAGAGCUCUAGUUUCAGCGGAAAGCAGAGCCUAGGCGACCACAGGGCCAGCUCAGCAUCCGUCCCCAGACGCACUCUGGACAGUGCAGAUCCCCUGCCUGCCCGCUCAGGAGAUGAUCAGACUCCAGACAGGACCCUGGUGAAUGGCUCCAGGUGGGUCCCCAUCCCCAGCGAGCCUCCUCACUCUCCGAGAGGCUCCGGCACCAGUGGCCACGCCGGACAGGAGCCCCCAGAACAGGAGGAGAAACCCGAAGCCAACGGCACCCUGCCACCCAGCAUCUUUGGGCCGAAGAAGAAAUUCCGACCCAUUGUCCAGAGACCCGCACCAAAGGACACGUCCCUGCACAGCGCCCUGAUGGAGGCCAUCCACUCAGCAGGCGGGAAGGACAGGCUUCGCAAGAUUGCAGAGCACGCGUCGGAGGCAGGGCCCAGGAAGCUGUCCUGCAGGGAGGCAGAGGGCGAGCGCUCGGCCCUGCUGGCGGCCAUCCGAGGGCACAGCGGUGCCCGCAGCCUGCGGAAGGUGUCCUCCUUCGCCUCCGAGGAGCUUCGAAGCUUCCGAGAUGCAGCGCUGUUGGAACACGGGCCGGAGCCUCCAGGGCUGGAUGACCUUGGCGUUCGGCCCCCACCCGCCCUGCCGCCCCCGCCCCCUCCGGCCACCCAGGCUCCCUCCAUGUCCAGGCCGGCGUCCAGGUCCAGCUCGGGCAACCCGGCCGAGGCCAGGCAGGCCUUGAUGGACGCCAUCCGCUCGGGCACAGGGGCCGCACGACUGCGAAAGGUGCCCUUGCUGGUGUAAAUCCUCGAUGAGAUCAGAUGGCGGCAGAAACCCACCCCCGUGAGCCGUCCACAGUCCCCGCUCGAGGACGCCGCGUGGCAGGGGGCGUCGGGAUGUGGCGGACUUUCUUGUCUAUAGGCCAAACGCACACAGCUGGUUUUCAGUCCUGCGACAUGGUUCCAAGAGAGGGCAGAAUUCCGCCCUGCUGCACAGCUUAGGUGCCAAGGAGACGUGUUUGCCUCUGAGUAUUUCACGUUGCCAAUAAACCUUUCUUGUUGGCAGGUUAAUGGGGAUCUAAAUGCGGGAGCCCAAGACUACACUUCGUGGUGACCGUCGGCCAAUGCUGGACCUUUGAGAAUUUACCACAUCGAUAGAUGGUUGCGACCAUUUCGCUGUUUGAAAUCUUUUGAAUUCUAGGGAGAUACGGAGAAACCGACUGAAACGAUCCAAAUGUCAGAAGCUCUGUGAUGUUUUGCUCGUAACAAAAGAGCCAGAAGGCUUUUCUCAAAGUUGACUGUCGAGUCAUGAAACCGUUGGAGUUUAUCCCUCAAAUAUUGGGAGUUAUGACCACCCGGAGGAUCACAGACCAUGAUCUGACCAACUAAGCUUUUAAAAAUCACCUGUUCCCGCCCAGAAUAAAAUCGUACUUGAUGUAUGGACAGGCAUUUCUGAUUCUCCAGGGGUGGCGGUGACAGAGGUCGGAAUGGCAUUGGCGUGGACGGUCGGUGCCCCAACUUGCAGGUGUCCCCAGUGGGCUGUGAAGUAGAAUGAGCCUCCCCCAGGAGGGCUGUGUAUGGAGCCCGGUGACUUCCCUGGGAACCUUCCGAAGUCCUGCACGGGGCCCGGAGCGGGGACGUUGGGUGUCUGUGUGUCGCCAGGAUCGGAUCAAAAUUGUGCUGGUAUUUCAUGAUUUGUGUUCAGUCUGGGUGCUUUCGCCCAACAGAUCAGGGUCACCCCUGUAUCACAUGGAAGGCUUUUCGAAGGACACGGAAUUCUGCUGCCGGUAUUUAUAAUGAAGUUUAGACACAGCACUAGUCUCUCACUUCUGUCUCUAAAGCACUUUGUUGCAUUGGGAAGAGCUCUUUAAGACAUGAAUAGAAAUCAAGAGGAGCUAGUGAAAUGAAAUCUCUGUCUUCAUCAAGCAACAGACACACGGUGGGAUCGUUUUAAUGUCUCACGGCAGAUCCAGGCAUCACGUAGAAUGGAAACUUUGCUCUGCGUUGUCCAAUGGCCGUUGCUCACUUCCCGGUGGGGCAAGAGCAUCAGCCGGUCCCCCUCAAACCACACUGUCUCCACUAUGUGUCUUUUAGUGCCACAAAUAAAAGAAAA